AGUAGUAAACAUGGCGCCGGGGGCGCUGCGCUCUCCUCCGGGGUGAAGCUGGCUGCGGUCCCUGCUCCUCAGUGCGGCGGCGAUGUCGGAGCCGGGGCACCUGGGGGUGAAGCGGGCCGAGUCGGCGCGGCUGCGGCGGGCCGAGCAGCUGCGGCGCUGGAAGGGCUCGCUGACCGAGCUGGAGCCGGUGGGCGCCCGGGGCCGGCACCGUGGCGGGGGGGCCCCCCGCGUCCGCUUCGAAGAGGGCGCCGUGUUCCUGGCCGCCUGCUCCAGCGGGGACGCCGAGGAGGUGAAGCGCCUGCUGGCCCGCGGCGCCCGCAUCAACACGGCCAACGUGGACGGGCUGACAGCGCUGCACCAGGCCUGUAUAGACGAGAACCUGGACAUGGUGAAGUUCCUGGUAGAAAAUGGAGCCAGUGUAAACCAGCAGGAUAAUGAGGGCUGGACCCCUCUUCACGCUGUGGCAUCCUGUGGCUAUCUGAACAUAGCAGAAUACUUGCUCAGCCAUGGAGCCAACGUGGCUGCUGUGAACAGUGAAGGUGAAGUCCCAUCUGACCUUGCAGAGGAAGCAGCCAUGAAGGACCUGCUUCUGGAACAAGUAAAGAAACAAGGGGUGGACCUGGACUUGGCAAGGAAAGAGGAAGAGCAACAGAUGCUGCAGGAUGCACGGCAGUGGCUAAACAGUGGGAAGCUUGAGGAUAUAAAGCAACCUCGAUCAGGUGCUACUGCUCUGCAUGUAGCUGCAGCCAAGGGCUACUCUGAAGUCAUGAGGCUCUUGAUCCAAGCUGGGUUUAAUUUGAAUGUCCAGGACAAUGAUGGCUGGACUCCACUCCAUGCUGCUGCACACUGGGGAGUGAAAGAAGCUUGCACUAUCUUGGCUGAAGCGCUCUGUGACAUGGACAUCAGGAACAAGCUGGGCCAGACACCAUUUGAUGUGGCUGAUGAGGGACUGGUUGAGCACUUGGAGAUGCUGCAGAAAAAACAGAAUGUGCUGCGCAGUGAGAAGGAGACGAGAAACAAGCUAAUUGAAGCUGACAUGAAUGGCAAACUGCAAAGUGGACUCUUCAAAAACAAAGAGAAGAUUCUUUAUGAAGAAGACACUCUGAAGUCCCGGGAACCAGAAGAGGAGAACAAGGAAUCGAGCAGUUCCAGCUCUGAGGAAGAGGAGGAGGCCGAAGAGGAUGAGGCUUCAGAAUCAGAUGCUGAAAAGGAGGCAGAGAGAAAGAAAGAGUCCUUUGCCAACCAUUCUAGUCAUGAACCCAGGACUAGCGUCACUGAGCAAGUACCACCACCAGAACAUAACUCCUUCACCGCAGCUCCUGCCAGAAAAUUCACCAGUUUGCUCAACAAAUCAGAGGAGCAAAAGGAUGAAUCUCCCUCAUCUUGGAGGCUUGGUCUACGGAAAACUGGCAGCCACAAUAUGCUAAGUGAAGCUGCUUCCCGGGAGGCACUGAGAGAGAGAGGUUCCUCCAUCUACCGCUCUUCAUCAAGUCCCCGGAUUUCUGCAUUAUUAGACAACAAGGAAAAGGAUAAGGACAGCAAAAACUACUUUGCCCCCAUAACCCCUAGAAGACUAAGCAGUACGGGUGACAUAGAAGAAAAGGAAAACAGAGAAUCUGCUGUUAACCUGGUGAGGAGUGGCUCCUACACCCGGCAGCCGUGGAGGGAUGAACCAAAGGGAAACGAAGCCCCCCAGACUGGUGCACCUUCCACCUAUGUAUCUACCUACCUGAAAAGUGCUUCAUUUGGUAGAAGUAGUGACCUCAACAGUCCCUACAUUUCAGCCAAUCGUAAUACAUCUGCUACCUCACCCACUACCAUUGGUUCAUCUACCUCAUUGGGCACCCAGUGGCAACCUGCCUCUUCCUGUCCUACAUCUCUUAGUGCGAACACUACUGCAUCAAUCCGCCAGCAUACCAGAGCCACAUACCGGCAACAAACUGACUCUACCAUAGAGAAAAAUACAGAGAACAUCUCUGCUAGCACUCCACUAGGUGUAAUCACAAAUCGCACUUUACUCAACACUGCCAAUGGUGUUACAUCUGCCAACGCCACAUCAACUACUGGAACGGACUCCUCAAAUGGAGAAGUCAGGGAGCGAAGAAGGUCAUAUCUGACUCCUGUGCGGGAUGAGGAAGCAGAGUCACUAAGGAAGGCCCGAUCCAGACAGGCCCGCCAGACUCGUAGGUCUACACAGGGUGUAACACUCACAGACCUUCAGGAGGCAGAACGAACUUUCAGCCGGUCUCGAGUGGAGCGGCAAGCUCAGGAACAACAAAGUGAGAAACCUGAGAGCACUGAGGACAGCAGUGAGAGACGGGAGGAGACCCGGCCCUGGUGGAAUAGAAACCAGGAUGAGGAGUCUGUCUAUCGGCGAUUAAGGUGUCCAGCACAAACAGACAAACCCACAACACCAGUAUCUCCCUCCACGUCAGCCCCUUCUCUUUACGCAAGUUCUCACCUGGCCCGGACAAAUAGAUCUCUGGACCCUGACUCUGUGAACCCAGCAGACUUCCAAAGCACAGCCACUGAGAUGGAGAAAAAUGAGUGUGAAGAUCAGGAUUUAGAUGAUAGAUCUCCAAACAAGCAGUCAAUCCGAGAGAGGCGGCGGCCAAAGGAGAGGCGAAGAGGCACUGGAAUCUCUUUCUGGACAAAAGAUGAUGACGAGGUUGAUGGGAAUGAGGAAGUGAAGGAGUCUCGGCAUGAAAGACUUUCCAGGUUGGAAUCAGCAGGUACAAGCCCUACCACCAGCGACUCGUACAGCGAUCGCGCCUCCAGCCGCUCCAGCGCUUACACCAGAAGAGAGAACCGCCUGGCUUCCCUCAGCAGUAGAACAGAGGAGGAGACUAACAGGGACUAUAAAAAACUCUAUGAGGGCGCGCUGUCUGAAAACCAAAAGCUGAAAUCAAAACUGCAGGAAGCCCAGCUGGAGCUGGCUGAUAUCAAAUCGAAACUGGAAAAAGCAGCCCAGCAGAAACAGGAAAAAACCUCUGACAGAUCGAGUAUGCUGGAAAUGGAGAAAAGGGGGAAACGAGCCCUCGAGCGGAGACUUUCUGAAAUGGAGGAGGAGAUGAAGGUGUCCUCCAGUAGACUGAUCCCAACCAGAGUGAAUAGAGAGGACUUGAAUCCCCUUGUAGCAGACUCUCUAGGGCUAGAGAAGCAGGUUUUGACAGAGCUGAAGUCUGACAAUCAGAGGCUGAAAGAUGAAAAUGGAGCACUCAUCCGUGUCAUCAGCAAACUCUCCAAGUAGGACGUCGGAGGGAAGGAAGGAAGGAGGGGGCUUCUGUGCACAAGCUGCCAACCCUGCCACCCAGCCCCCAACCGCCUCUUGCCCUCCAAUCGAAAGUACAGCAAGCCUUUCAGCCGUGGGAACAAUGCGCCUCGCACUCCCCCGUCCCGUCCCCUCAUUGUACAUUCCCUUAGCACCCCUCUGAAUGCACCCCCUGCCAUUUUAUUAUUUUAAUUUAAGCAUGUCGUGGUAUCUUGGACAUUUUAUUCAAGGGGAAAAGAGACAUGAGAGCUGGGAUUGAGCUGCCAAAACUUCCUGCCACAAACCCAGCCUUGUCCACAUUGGACUCCAGUCUGGAGCAGAGAAGCUUCUACUGUAAUAAGCGAUACAGAAAUGACUCUGUAGAAGUGAUCCGACGGGUCCAGAACCUUUGUAGCUGGGGGCGGGGGGACAUGAGCGGGAGUUGUCACACUGAGGGUGUACGUCAGCUGCCCACUUGGCGUUGGGGGUCCGGUUACAAUGUGAUGCUGUGAAAGCCAUGGGGGCUCGUUUCUGUGACAGACUGUGACGACAGCUGCUUUGCACAGAGGCUCUGUUCUCCUGUCGUCCCAGUAGCUGACUCUAUUCUUACGAUUUUAAAUCUGUUUGCUAUCUUCAUUUCUGAAUCCCAGUUUCAGACAGACACACACACACACACACCCCCGCCCUUUGCCCAUGCUUCAUUUCUGCAGCCCAGGCAAUCGUGGGUCACUCUGUACUCCUUCCACAGUUGCUGUCUCGGUUACUAUCCAGGUAAUAGCAUCUGCUAAUUGCAUCUGGGCUCUUUCCUCUUGGGAUAAGAUUCAUUGCUGAUAUUGGCCGGGGUCUCUGAUGAAGGAGAAACUGAAGCAGCAGAGGUCACCCGCUGCCCUCACAUGCACAUGUAACAAAUCUGGGUGUGAAUAUCCAUGCAGGGAGGUACGCAUGCACAAGUAACCAACCCCCAUCUUCUUCCAGUAGCAACAGGAUGAGCAUUUGUCUGUUAGUGUUACUUACAGGAUAGCACCCUGCAAAGUACUCGGAGCAGAUGUCUGGUGUACUUGUUUUAAUUUCCAACAAGAGCAAAAACGAAUGAAAAUACAGGUGUAUUUUGAGUUGGCUUUAAAGGGGAGAGGGUGGAGAGGCUGUAUUUGGCUACAAAAAGGAUAGCCCGGCCUUCGAUGGCAAAUCCUGACACAGCUAAUACAGCAAGGUUGAGAAACCUUAAGCAAUGAUCAGUUGCCAGCUCCAUGUCAUUAGAGGGUGUAACUGUUUUCAUUUAAUAGUGGCCAGAAUGAGCCAGUUUUGGGGUGUGUACUGGUAACCAGAUCUGUGGGGUAAACUGUUUUGAUUGCUGGAAGCUAGCAACAGGAUUUGACCUGGAUGAAAACCUCAAAGGGCUCUUUCAUGUCCUGUGUACUUGGAACAAUUUGGAAGUGUUCACUUCCAAGGGCAUUAAGAAGGUGACUCCUCCAGAUGUUACACACGUCUCUUUCUAGCUUCCAGUGGAAGCCGGGCAUUAACUUGUUAACACAUCUGCUGAGCCUACCGUUAGAGGACUACUUGUGGUGGGUUCGGGAAAGGACCCUCCUUGUUCAGAGAUUCCAGUGCUGGCGCAGAAGAUGUGAGUCUAGCCACUAUGUUGACAGGGACAGAUGAGUAACUUGAACAUGGAUAUUAUUCUCAUCAUUGCUCAACAGGGUAAAGUCUAACUCUGUCUUUAGCAUCUCGGUUAUUGCAUCAGUAGGUGUUGGCCUGAGGCAAAGUUUCUUCUCUCCCUUCUAUUUUUUGUAUCCAAAACUUGGUUUUGCACCUACUCUCCAGCUACUGUGGUGCAUCCACCAUCCUCUCAGCUGAGCAGGAUGACAAGAGCAGCCUCAGUGGCAUCACUUGUGUGUAACGCGAGACAUCACUUUUCCUCCGAAUGCAUUGAGUUGAUGCAACUGCAACACAUCUAGUCCGGAGGUGAAGAGAUCAAAGCCAAUCAUGGCACCUGGGCCUUCUGCAUAGCACUGUCUCUGAGCCAGGGAUCCAUUUUAUUCCUUCUAGAACUUCAUAGCAUCCGGAAUUAAAAUGGGCAAAUGCUUAUCUAGUUUAAUUCCUCACACCUUAUCCAAGCACUGCUCUCCUCUAGUAAGCACUUGUUCUCUGGGGUUUUCCCCAUCCCCCUGGAAUUUUCAUUUUAUGGCCCACUGCUUGCUUCAGAUUUGGACUGUUAAGUCUAGAUGUGACAGGAACUUGCUCACUUCCUAUGUAUAUGGAGGUAGAGGUUCUACACCUGUCAGUGGGCUACGGAGAGCAAUGCCUUUCAGCUGACUGGUAUGCUAUUGCGAGUCUCUCAUCAACAUGUUUUCCAUUGGACAAGAACCGCUGUCUGUUUUUUCAAUACUCCAGUCUGCAGUAUUCCAUUCUGCACUAUGAGUUUGCCACUACCUACCUGGACCAUUAAAAAGACAAAAUUCAGGGAAUCCUUCUUCUUUACUGCACUUGAUCCUAACGAAGAAUCUGCAAUAGGUAAUAUGGGAUGCAAGAGGCAUGAAUCUCAUGUUGUACCAUGUGAAGCCAAGACACUUUAAAUUAGGUGUCUGUUUAGCACUAGGUUUAUCAUCCUAAUAUCUGUCUAGGCUAGAACUCAGAAUAAAAAUUUAAUGUCCUUGACUAGCCAGAGCUACAAGCAUUUCAUGAUGAUACAAUACUGUUGUACACUGACUCGGUCAGAAUGUUUCUUGGGCUCAGUUGACCUUUGCUGACUUAACUAUCCCACUGAGGAGAUACAAAGCAAGACACACGGCUUUCUACGCUCAAGGCAGGGUGCAGUUUUUUUAAAAUGUUCCCUAUUUUAAUCCAUAGCAUUUGCCAGCGUUCUCCCCUAGAACGCACUAGAGCUUUUUCCAAGCAAUUGCUUGGGGGUGAACCAAUUUUUAUCCAAGAAACUUAGCAUAACUUGCAGCUGCAGUAGCUUUCAAGGACAGUUUUAAUGUGCUUCUUAAUUUAUCUAGCAGGCUUUCCUGGUAAAUUAUUUCCCCAUAACAAGCAGAAUUCACACCUGUCUUUUUAACUGGCAGUGAAAUCUAGAGAAGUAUUUCUUCUGCAUAAAAAUUGCUCCAUUUUUCAGCAUGCAAGGAUUAGAUUUUAGCCAGGUUGUAUGCAAGGAUGACCUAGCAUUGCAGUGACUCCUAGAAUUUUCUCUGUCAAAUAGAAAUUUGGUGAGGAGGAAAACGUGGAAGUUUAGAUCUGUGUGUUCUAAACAUACUUGGGAAAGGUGGAAAGUGCAGGGUGUGUGUGAGAAUUCUGUUUAAAUUGAGAGAGGAGUCCUCUGCCUCUUACAGCUACUUUCCCACCCACAAAAGACUUGCAUCAAAGCUGAACUUCAGAAAUAGCCUCACACCUUUUGAAGUGCUUGCAUAUCUCUUAUAAAUCCUUAUGCUGCGAGCUCUGUGCAACUCUGCCUUUGACUAGCUGGGCCAUGUAGGUAACAAAGGGCCACAGACAUAACCUGAAAUGAGGAAGAAAUGUUCUUGAGCGGGUUUCAGUUUCAUUGCUCACAAAUUGGGAAACCAGGGUUUAUUGAAGUGGGAGUGGGUCUGUUUGUCAAAGGUGAGUUUUAGGUGAAAUCGAAGGCUUGCUAAGAGGGGUAUCUGGGGUGUUGGAGUUUGCAAAAAAGCACUCUCCACUUACAUAGAGAAUGUAGCUAGUCUUGAAAGCUGCUAAUGUGGGACAGAUCUGGAGUGAUGGGCUGUAUUGGCUGGAGAUUAAGGUGGGCGUUCAUAUUUUUGAGUAAACGUGAAUGAUUUGGAGGUCAUUGCACGGGAGUGACCUCUGAGCUAUUAAAGGACAAUGCGUUUUUUUAAAAAGAGAACAGAGGCAAAGCGGAGCCUGUAUAGGAUAGGUGUAUUGUCAGUGUGGCUUCAGUUCUAUUAUACCAUGUGACUGGAGAUUUUAUCUAAUGGAUAUUGAUGUGGGACAGUAGUGACAGCAGCUCGCUGUACCAAUAUUGAUCUGCUGUGUGUUGAAGAAGUGAAUUGAUUAGUCUAGAGAGCAGGCCAAAUGUGCCUCAGCCAAUCCGAGAGCAACUUAUCUGCAGUGGUGCAGGUUUUUAUAAGUGUACUGCACUCUUACGAAUAAGCUGGUUUCAGACUGGUUAAGGGUUUUUGUGUCUUUUUAGUUUUGAUCCGUGAAUAAGUCGGCCAUACAGAAAUUGGAUUGGCUGGCACAGUCUCCAGGUAAUUUUACAGCACUUCCAUUUCAUCAUAAAGUGCGGCAGAUAAUUGGUUUGGGCUUUCACCGGCCAUUACAGGUCUUUUUCCCUUACAGCUAUCAGUCAUAAGACACUGGAGUAUGACCAAUAAUCAAUCGGUUGACAAAGUGCAUGUGACGCAGGUAUUGUACUACUCUCUUUGAAUUAUGAUGUGUCCAUUGGUGAAAGGUCAGUUCAGUCCCAACUCUGGAAGGACCUGAUUUAAAGGCAUCCGGAUUAUGUGCAUUGUGGAAAUGUCUCAGAAUGAAGUCUGCUAAUCUGGGCUAGUGAACUAUUGUGCUCGAGUCUAGUUGGUGGGAAGCAAGUUAGGUUGUUUUCAAAGCCAUUCUGUACAAAGCUUGUCAAUCCAUAACACACUUCAGCCCCCUGCAGGGGAAAGGAUAUUCCAACCCUGAUUCUGCCCAUCAUGCUUGGGGCUGAGCGAGCUGGUAAGAACUUCACCAUGUUUGCCCGGGAUAGGUUGAAUAAAUCUUGCCAUUGCUAAUAGAGGACAUUCUCCUUGCUGACUGCAAUACCUAGGGCGAGUCUCCAGCAACCGAUAAGCCCUCAGAGAUGAAGGCUAGGUUUUCCUGGAUUUGUCUCAUUCAUCCAUCAGCUAGGUAGAGCCUCUAACUUCCAAGGGUAACGGAGUCUCAGGCUGCACUUUGAAAUGCUGGUCAUGUUGUACAUAUGCUUUAAAGUUUCCACUACUCUCUCCUUUCCUGUCCUCCUCCACCAAAUGCCAAAGGCCAUAGCUCCUAUUGCUUUUUCUAGGCUAUUGCACUGCCAAUAUGCUCAUAGUGCUUAAAUGUUCUCUCCUUCCUGGCUCUGAGUGAGGGAACCGCCCGAAAAAUUCCGAGUGACCUCACUGGGAUAAAUAAUGUGCCGAUUUGCACUGAGCCAGCACGGGAGCUAUCCUUACCACAUUUGGGUGUUGAAAACGAAUCUAGGUCUGGGAUCUUUGUGAUGCUGAGCAGAAUUCAGAGGUGGUCCACAAAAUAUGGCUGUGUGGAAAAGGUAUGUGUUCUAACCAUACAGGCCUUCCCUAAUUCAGAGCCGCCAGCAUCGGUGUAUAGGGUUGCUUAGUUUUGUGUCCUUGGCAAUAACAUCCUGAAGAAAUGCUCCCUUUUGCUAGCUAGUGGUCAGGUCUUUUGAUGCACCGGGGAGUUCUCUUGCAUAGACUUGUCCAGAGCUCAUUUCAGAGGGAGGAAGAGUUGUCUUGCCCCCAGUCUGAGCUUCACCUGCAGUUGUUCCGGGGUAAAAGGAUCUGGUAGUGACUGAUCGCUCCCCGUGAACGCAAGCCGUGGAAGGCCUAUGUCAGCCUGCUGUUGCUGUUAACAGGCUGAUCAGCCUUACUAGACUGCAGGAAGGCGAAGAGAAUGAAGACUGUCCAAGCUUUGCAGCUGUCAUUGGUGAGAGGAAUCUCUGAAGCUGGAGUUCUUGUCUGACACUUCCAAAUCGACUCUGGCUGGAUUCACGAUCCUUUGUUUUGCAGUAGGUUCCCUUUUUCCAUACUUCCAUCUUGGUUAUUCCCUUUCCCAUUGCACUGUUACCAUCCAGAAGCACAGAGCAGCUCCUGAAACUGUUUAGAACCGGUAUUUCUCCUCGACUCUCUGCUUUCACUGCCCUCUGAAAAGACUGAUUGAUGUGGGAGCUGGAGUGGGUUCCAGCUUAGAAAGUAAAAUGGCCUUUAAAAAAAAAGGGGGGGGGGGGUGAAAUAGGGUUGGAAGAAAUCCACAAUGCCAAUUUCCUGAAUGACUGCUUAGUUCACUGCAGUGUUUGUAGUUAAACCCAGCUUUGAGGUACUGUGGAGUCUCCAGCCCCUAGGAGCAUCCCAUGAGCAGUUCACAGAAGGCUGCACCUGAAAUUCAGACCAGCUUUAGGGUUGAUUCUUCUUCCUCCUUCAGUCUUUUUCCCCUAAAGGCCAAUCCCCUAAUUCUGCCUGGGGUGAGAAUGGGUUACUUGAUUGAUGUGGUUCUUUAAAUAGUUCCCUGGGCAAUGCUCUGGCUGCAGCAGGGCAAAACACAUGGUGAGCUUCGUUUUCCUGAGCAUAUCCUGUCGAGGAAGCCAGGCGUUUGCCACGCUCACCCCUCGAAUGCUAACCCUUGGAAGAGAUGAAUUAACUGUGGGGUCGGUGCGUCACCUUUCCAAGCAGUACGUGUGCUGUACUUACCUUUCGUAAGGAGAGUUUUACAGCUCGUUGUAAAUACACUACUUGGAGAAAGCUUAUGAAAUGGUGGGGAAGAAUGUAUUUUUAUGCAACUUUGAGUGGCCUUUCAAACCCUGAGACGAAUGAUUUGUUUUACUGGUUGUUGUUAUAUAGUAUUAUGUGUUUGAAAGUUUGGGAAUAAUAUUCACAGCUAUAUGAUGCUUGUAAACACAACAGUAUUUAUAAAUGGAUAAAAUAAAACAGUGUUUUAACUUUU